GUUUUCGAAUUUCCAAUCAUUUUUGUUCUUGCGCGCUAUAGUUGCGUCACCCAGUAGCGCUAUUUAUUGUUAAAUCCGAUAACGCGCUUUUUUCCCCAUUUGAAUUUAUAAAUUACUCGAACAACAAGAUAUUGGUGCUAUUACUAAUUAUUGCUGUAAACCAACAACUUCAAAGUUCAACGCAAGAAGACAAUUUAGUUACAUUUUACAAAUAAGUGCAGACAUUAGUUAGUGUUAGUGUUUUGUGAUAUUUCAAUAUGUCCGUGAUUACAUCCAAACAGUGCGCUUGCAAGUGGAUCUUGAAACACCAACACAAACUGAAGCAAGCUGCUAGGGCUUGUCACUUGAAAGUCAAGGAAUCAUUGGGCUUAGACGAAACCAGGGCCUACGAGCCUUACGGAGAACCAAAUGAAUAUUUUAAGCGUUCAGAUUUGAGGACCACCUUGGCAGACCCCAGUCAGUUGAGAUCCAAACCAGACGUUAGCGAAGUUCAGUUUGGUCAAGUUUUCAGUGAUCACAUGCUCAAAGUAUUUUACCACAAGCAACUCGGCGGUUGGCAAAGACCUGUGAUAAUACCGUUCGAAAAUAUUUCCUUGCACCCUGCCGCCAAAGUUUUGCACUAUGCAGUUGAACUUUUUGAGGGCAUGAAAGCUUACAGAGGCGUAGACGGGAAAAUCCGUAUUUUCAGGCCCGACCUGAACAUGAAACGCAUGAACGCGUCCGCCAAAAGUUCAGGGUUGCCAACUUUUGACGGUGACGAGUUGAUCAAAUGCCUGAACAGGUUGAUUCAGGUCGAUCAAGAGUGGGUGCCGCACGCCACUGGCAGCAGCCUGUACAUCAGGCCUACUCUGAUUGGAAUUGAUGGUACCUUGGGGGUACAGCAAUCCGAAUCGGCCCUUCUCUACACAAUACUGUGCCCUGUGGGCAACUACUUUGCCGGAAAGGCCGAAGACGUUUCCCUCAUGGCCGAUCCAUCCUACACCAGAGCGUGGCCAGGUGGUUGCGGCGACAGAAAAAUGGGUUCGAACUACGGGCCCACCAUCAGAGUGCAAAGCCAAGCGUUGCUAAGAGGCAGGCAACAAGUCCUCUGGUUGUACGGGCCUGAUCACCAGCUUACCGAAGUUGGAACCAUGAAUAUUUUCAUGUUUUAUAUCGAUGAUAACGGAGAUAAAGUAUUAGCGACCCCACCUCUAAACGGUCUAAUUCUGCCUGGUGUCACCAGGCAAUCAAUUAUCCAACUUUCCCAAGAGUGGAAAGAAUUCAGGGUCGAGGAACGAAGUAUUACCAUGGACAACGUCCUCAAACUUGCUAAAUCGGAACGACUUCUAGAAAUGUUUGGUUCAGGAACCGCAGGUGUAGUAACUCCAAUAUCUUCGUUGGAGUACAUAGACGAACUGUUGGAAAUUCCAACAAUGUACCAAAGUAAACCCGUAUACAAAAGGCUGAAAGAAACCUUGUUUGCGAUUCAAUACGGAGAAAUUAUACAUCCUUGGGCCAGGCUUAUAGAAUAGACGUAGAAAUAAGCAGGGUUUACAACCUAAUUUCGACUGUGUUAUAUAGUGUUAAGUUUUAUUUAAUUGUUCCUAUUUCCUAUUAAGUAUGCGCGCACCUAUACAUUCCAAUCCAAUGGGAUAUUGGAGAAAUGCAUUUUUUGAUUUGUUAAGCGUUCAAAAUAAGAAAAUUAUUUUAAUUUCGCGAUUUUUUAUUACUAAUUUUUUCUUCGCUAAAAAUUAUUUUCUUAUUAUUUAUGUUUAACAGUAG